AUGUCUUCUGUAGAUAACAUUGGAGCUGAUGAUACAAGUGCAUCUAAAUUCUAUGAUAGCAUUAGUGACAAAUACGAUAAAUACUAUGGUCUGGAUCCUGGAUUAUUGACCUUCAUCAAAGAGAGUCUUGAGCUUUUACCUCCUGAUGCUUCGGUCCUAGACAUCGGAUCCGGCACUGGAAUCCCCACCUCCCUCUCAGUAAUCCAAUCAGGACGUAAACUCCACGGGAUAGAUUUCUCACCCAAAAUGAUUGCUCUCUCGCAGAAAAACGUGCCAGGAGCAACAUUCGAAUGUAUCAGUAUGCUUGAUUAUGAAGCGAAGGAAAAAUUCGACGCGGCAUUUAUUAUUUUCUCAAUGUUUCAUUUUCAGCGGAAGGAAAUGGAGAGGGUGGUGGGGAAAUGGAGGGGUUGGGUUAAAGAGGGGGGAUGGAUUUUUGUGGGGACUAUUUUGGCGGAGGAUGCGGGGAUGGUGGAGGAGAGUAUGUUUGAUGAGGAGAGGCUUUACGCGGAAAAUGUCCCGGGUAAAUUCAUGGGUCAUGUUUAUGGAAAUUUACUGUAUACGAGGAAAGGGUGGGAGAAAUUAUUAGGAGACAAUGGGUUUGAAAUUGUGAAGACUAGGAAGGAGGCUUUUCAGGCACAAGAAGAGGCGGAGUGUGAUGAGGAGGUGCAUUUUUGGAUUAUGGCUAAGAGGGUUGAGUAG